GCAAAAGAAUUACAAGAAAUUGUUAAACUCUUAACAGAAAAACCUAUAAUAGAUCAUUCAAAAGUAAAAGAUAUUUAUGAGUUGAAUGUUGUAUCAAAUCAUAAUUCAGGUCCUGUGUCAUUGGAACAAUUUUUGGGUGGUGGAGGCAAUAAUGCUCAAGAGGAAGCAAAAGAAUUACAAGAAAUCGUUAAACUCUUAACAGAAAAACCCAUAAUAGAUCAUUCAAAAGUAAAAGAUAUUUAUGAGGUUGCAAAAAAAUUAAGAAUAGGGCUUCAAUUUGCUUAUUUUAAAGUAAAAUGGGGUUUACAAAAGUGUGAUAUAUCAACGUGUGAAAGAAUGGUAAAACAGAAAUUAGAAGAUUAUAAAAAUUAUCCAAAUAAGCAAAGAAUACAUCUUCCAUUUAAUGUUUCUCCUGUACCUCCAUCAAAAAAUAGAUUUACUGAUGAAAAAGCUAAAGCUGUCUUUGAAAUACUUGAUUCAUUAGAUUUGAUUGAAUGUCCAAGAACACCACCAAACCAAAUUCGAUCAAUUAAUGAUAUGAAAACACCAGAUACUGCAUUUUCAUUAAGUGAAUAUUUGAAUAUGUCUCCUAUGCAAUACUAUUUGAAAACAAUCGGUGAAGUAGACAAUGCUUAUGGCCAAGAAGUGUUUUCGAAAAAAUUUGAAGCAUUCAGGAACUCCUAUGAGCAAGAAGAUACCUAUAAAAAGGAACCAGAACCUACAUUAGAAAACCUCAAUCAAUCACUUAAUUUUGAAAAUAAUAUACAAGGGGAUGUAGAAAAAAAACUAAAUGAGCUUAGAAGCUUUUUAAACGAAAAGUUUAUUGAAGAUAUCAAACAGGCUUUUAAAGUAUUUAACAUCAUUCCAAGAACCUUUGAAAACUACAAGUAUGUUGUUACUUGCAAUGCUAGCUUACGUAAAUUAAUGGAUAAUUUAAUUAAUGAAGGGCUAAUGGAUCCGGAAAGUCCUCAAGAUUCAACAAAUAAGGAAAAUAAAAAGAAAAUGUUUUGUGCUUUGAAACCUUUAAAUGUAAUUGCUAGUGAAGCAGCCUAUGAAAAAAGAAUAAAUUUUAUUCAGCAUGUUUUAAAUUCUUCUAAUAAAAAAGAAAUUCUAUUUGACAAUGUGUUCACAGAAGAAAGAAUUAAUAAACAAUAUAAAGAACUUGCUUUGUAUUUCCAUCCUGAUAAAAUUAAUCACCCAAAUAGUCCAAAUUAUUUACGCAAUGAACAUAAAAAUCUAUGUGAUGAGCUCUUUAAAAAUAUUCAAGAGAUUAAAGAGAGUUUAUUGGUUGAUCUGGAAGAUAUCUCAGAAAAUGAAGAUGCAAAUGAACUUUGGAGUAUUGCGAUUGAUUAUCGUAAUGCAUCUAAAGCACAAUGGAGUAAAUUGAAAUUGUUAAAGAAAGAUGACAUCAAAGAUAUUCCUUCUGAAAAACUAAUAGAAUUUUGUAUGAAUAAUGGAAUAUUAGCCUAUGAGAGAUAUCGGGCUGCUUGCAAGGUUUUAAAUAGUGGGAAGGUAAAAAUUCAAGAAAAAACACCAACGGACUUAAAGGGACUUGCAAACCAUGUUUUAUUAGGGGUUAUAAAUGAAAAACUUGAGGCUGAGGCCAAAAGACUUGAUAAACGCAUUUGUGAAUUACGGAAACUUCAUAUAGGAAUUUAUAUUAGCGACACUUUUAGAGAAUAUCAUGGCAUAUCACAAGAACACUUGAAAGAUGCUGAAGAAAUGCCCUUUAAAUCAAGACUGGAUGAAAUGUGUAAUAUCGCAAAUAUUAACCUUGCAAUUAUUGAUAUGCUCGCUGGAUCAGAAGAAAUUAGUCGAGCUAGAACAACUAUUGAGGAAGUUCGAAAUUCAAUAAAUUCUAAUUAUCAAUUCGUUGGUUCUGUGGAAACACGUCUUGAAGUUUUGGAAGAUUUUUUGUGGGUUAUAAGUGGUGAGGAAUUGCCUGAUAAAAAUGAAUUACCUCUAAUCACUUACACACUAGAACCGGUUCAAGACAUGGAUAACAAUAAAUAUCUCUGCUCCAUGAAUGAAAAAUUACAGAAUGUAUCCUUGGAUCAAGAUAAAAAGGAUCUUUAUAUUAAAAUCGCAGCCUGCCAUGAGAAGUUAGCUGAAGAAGAGGGUACAAUUAACCAAUUACGCAGCCUAUGUAAUUGGCGAAAAGCUCAAAAGAAUUAUGAGAAAGUACGUGAAAUAAAUAGUGCAGACAUAGUUGCUACUCUUGGUUUUGCGAGAUGUUUAUUAAAAUUAUCCAAAUAUAAACGAGUUAUUGAACUUUUAAAAAGUCCAUAUUUAGAUCUGUCAUUAGAAUACGAGUACUGCACUGAAACUAAAUCACCAAAACAAAUUGGUGAUUGA